GGCGGGCGACGCGCUUUACGGCAGCGCGGCGGGGUUGGCGCGCGGCGCCAUGGAGGGCGGCGGCAACUCCAAGGGCACGGGCCUCGGCGGCCUCUUCGGCGCCGGCGGGGCCGGGUACUCCAGCGCCGACCUGGCCGGGGUGCCGCUAACUGGAAUGAGUCCUUUGUCUCCGUAUUUAAACUUGGACCCCAGGUACCUCGUACAGGAUACAGAUGAGUUUAUCUUGCCCACAGGAGCCAACAAGACCCGAGGCAGAUUUGAGCUGGCCUUUUUUACCAUUGGGGGAUGUUGUAUGACAGGGGCAGCAUUUGGGGCGCUGAAUGGUUUGCGGCUGGGCUUGAAGGAGACACAGAACAUGGCGUGGUCAAAACCUAGAAAUGUACAAAUUCUAAAUAUGGUGACAAGACAAGGAGCAUUAUGGGCUAACACUCUGGGAUCUCUGGCUCUACUUUACAGCGCGUUUGGAGUCAUCAUUGAAAAAACAAGAGGUGCAGAAGAUGACCUGAACACCAUAGCUGCUGGAACCUUGACAGGAAUGCUGUACAAAAGCACUGGUGGAGUGCGCGGGAUAGCGCGAGGCGGCGUCGCCGGCCUGACGCUGACCGGCCUCUACGCUCUGUACAACAACUGGGAGCACAUGAAGGGCUCCCUAGCCCGGCAGUCCCUCUGAGCAGGGCGGCCGCGCAGGACGAGGACACGCUUGCUCAGCCACCAAUCCAUCAGUUGUGAGAUCUGCCUGGUGCCCCUCCCUAUUUUCUUUAUGAUUAGUGUGAAACAGAAGGAUGCUAUGCUGGGGGGAACCUCUUGAUGCCGUGUAGCUGGACUGGCUCUUUCCUUUCUGCCAGCCCGUCGCUGGAGAGGCAGCAACAUUUGUUGGACCUGCAAGUGAGCAGAGUGGCCACCGAGACAGAGCCUCCCUGACACGCUGGCCAGCCAGCCUUGGGCCAGAGCCACAAGACAUGCUCCAGCCCCACAGCUCUACCUGCUGCACCACCAGCCUGCUCGGGUUGCGUGUACCACGAUGGCACCUCCUAAUAAAGUCUGUGUCCACA